UCUCGACUCCGGAUCAUGAGGCAAUACGUUUUCCCAAAACAGAGGGAAACGGGAUGUAAGUUGGUUCUUGAAUCGACAGCCACUGAAUAGAUUGCAGACUUCUUCGGAAUGAAACUGCGAGAAUCCGCAGACACUUCUUCAAAUCCGGAGGAACAAACUCCAAAGCCAUUUGGUCAGACUGGUGGGCGGGAGCUCGGAGAAACAGCUCGAAAGAAUUCGGAGUCAGGCGGAAAUCAACCCGAAAAGAAGACAGCAGAGGAUCGCCGAGAGAUUUUUAGGGCACUGGAAGUUGUUGAGAGGAACUCUUCUGCUAUCGCCGAGAGCUAUGAUUCUCUCUUCUCCACCCUCCGCCUGGCUCUUUCAGAGGUCACUAGCAAUUCAAUUGAGAACAUGCAGUGUUUCAGUGAUGUUGUUGGUUCACUUCAAGUAGCAGCUCUAGAUGCGGCAACCAAAGGAAAUCGAUAUAUCAAUUCUUGCUUAAGAUUGAAUGAAGAACUGAAGAGCAUGGAAAGUCUUGCUUUGGAACCAAAGAUGUUAAGGAAGAACGUUGAUAAGCUUGAAGUGGCUGUUAACCAUCUACUUCGUCUUCCUUGAUAUGAGAUGUUCCAAGCUUGAUCACAUAGGAAUAUGAGACUUUCCAGCCUUUCUCAGCAGUGAAUAACUGAGCACCAUGUAUCCAUUGAAUCAAUCUGCUCGAGUUGAAUGGAGACUUCCUUACUUUCUUAACGGCAUUUCCCUGUGUUUUUAUAAUAUUUAUGAAAUUAUUGAUGUUGGAUGUUUUAUGUAACUAUUCCAACUCCUUCAAUCCAAACGAAUGGAUUAUUUUGUUGACAAGUGAGUUGGGAUUUAUUUUUGGAGAAACAAUUUAUUAAUUUGUCAGGUUCUUUGUCAGGCUACAAUUAUUUAUUCUUAAAGGAUAAAAUCUAUUCCAGUUUCUUUGCCAA